AUGCACGAUCUUCCGCCUUGGCUCAUGAAUCAGGGCCAGCGGCUCUUGUGGAUUGUUGAGGCUUCUCUCAGGGUACCACUGCCAACUAGCAAGGUCGCUGCACUACUGCAUUGCGUGAGCGACAUGAACUUCUCACUUGUCGCAGGUUUGCUGCAUAUCGCGACCGUCACUGCCACGCGGGUAGUAUCAACUGGCUCCACGGUCAAAGUGGGCAGUAUUCAUUACUUUGUUCCGCCGUGGUAUGUAGGCAAAGUUGGCAAUGCGGAUGUUGCCGAGGGAGACGACCUACAGCCCGUCACAGUCAUAAACACAAAGACUGCAUCCUUGAAUGAAUCGACCCUGUCCCAAGUUACAAAAUUGUUUUUAGAAAGUGACGAUGUUAUCAACCAAGAGUUUCUCAAAGGCAUGUCGCUUGAAAAAAACUCACACGAAAAGAGACUGACCACUUCCAGUUGUGUACCUGACGUCGGAAACUCCACUGUCCCCGAUGGACCAUAUUUCCUAUCCCAAUCUAGGAGACUCUACUCUGCAUACCGACUAUACACAGAUUUCGCCGGCGCGUUUAGCGAGACAAGCAUCACCGCCCCCGACGGAUCGCACACCGUCCUGCCCGCCAACGUGCCCGGGCAGGCCUUGGCCGUCGCCGUUCCGUCCCGACUGUCCUUUACCAAGACCCCCGAGAAGCCACUCGCCGGAGUCCGCCUCGGCGUCAAGGACAUUUACGACAUUGCCGGCCUCAAGACGUCCAACGGCAACCGCGCGUGGUACCAUCUGUACCCCGAGGCCAAUGAGACGGCCAGCGCCGUGCAAAAGCUUGUCGAUGCCGGCGCCGUGAUUCUCGGCAAGAUGAAGACAAGCCAGUUUGCGAAUGGAGAGACGGCAACGGCGGAUUGGGUCGAUUCCCUGGCGCCGUUCAACCCGCGCGGCGACGGGUACCAGGAUCCGUCGUCGUCGUCUGCAGGCCCGGCAGCAGGAACAGGCAUGUGUGGCGUUUUGAAUCCCGGCGGCUAUGGACUGACAUAUUGUAGCUUCGGGGCAGCGUUCGCAGUCCCAGUCAGCUUCAAGGCAUAUUCGGAAAUCGCCCCAGUGAGUAAAAUGACCCCAACAUUUGCCAACACUCUGACAACAACUUCAGGUCAUGGACUGUCCACAUUGGAUCACACAAUGCCUCUUUCCCCUACAUUUGACACCGCUGGACUCUUGGCUCGCGACCCUAUUCUCCUAUGCGACGCCGCAACGGUCCUCUACCAGCCCAACAUCGCCAACUCUUCCGCCUACCCCAAGCGCAUCCUCGCCGUCGGUUUUCCCACCGGGUCCAGCGCGAAGCUCGACCAGAUGCUGCAGGGCUUUCUGCAUACCCUGGCCGACCUCUUGUCCGCCCGCAGUGCCGCAUUCAACCUGACCGAGCACUGGGCGGCGACCAACCCCGGUGCCGGGCCGCUGCUCGCCAUGAUCAACAGCACGUACGAGGUGCUCUCGGCCCAGGAGCAGGCGCGGCUGGUGCGCGAUCCCUUUUACACCGACUACGCGGCCCGGCACGACGGGCGCCGGCCGCACGUGAAUCCCGCGCCGCUUCGCCGCUGGGCGCUGGGCGACGAGGCCGACGCGACACUGGACGAAGCUGUAGCGAACAAGACGCGGUUCAUGGACUGGUUCAAUGGGCAUGUUCUCAAGGUGGAUGAGGUGACCUGCUCGAGCGACUUAUUCGUGUACGUGCCGCGGACGCCGGCACCAAAGUACAGGGAUACCUACUGGACAGGGCCGCAGGCACCGGGCGCCUUUUCCACAAGCAGGAUUCCGGUCAUGGCUGAGAUACCUGAUAUCGUGAUUCCCAUUGGGGAGAUUGAGUACGAGUCCAAGGUGACAAAUCAUACAGAAUACCUGCCCGUGACCGUGGACUUGAUGGCCGCAAAGGGAUGCGAUGGCAUGCUGUUUUCGCUAAUUCGAGAAAUGCACAAAGUUGGAAUGAUUUCGGAAGUUAGAGCUGGUCGGAGUUUGGUCAAUGGUGGUGACAUCAUGUAUUAA